AUGAAAUAUAUUGAACUUUUAAACUUAAUAAAAAAGAAAUUAUUUGUAAUUUAAUUAUUUAUAUAUUGAGUUUAGUGGAUUAUUAUUUUUUAUUUGAUAUUAUAAGAAAGAAAUAUGGCAACGAUUUUAACUUCAGAGCGAGCCCAUCGCUACGAACGUUGCGGCAAAUCAAUACAUCAACAACGUCACAAUUAUAAUACGUUACUUAGUACCAACAAUAAUAAUUCAUCACAUCAUUCUCACCAUCAUCAACAACAUAUUAAUAACAAUAAUAACAAUAACAAUAAUAAUAAUAACAAUAAUAAUCAUAUUAAAAAUUCUAAUACAAAUAAUAGUGCAACAACAUUGGCCAUGAAGGAGAAAUCAAAGAAUGCGGCGCGUAGUCGCCGUGAAAAAGAGAAUACGGAAUUUUUAGAAUUAGGAAAAUUAUUACCAUUACCAACAGCAACCACAUCACAAUUGGAUAAAGCAAGUGUUAUACGAUUAACAACAAGUUAUUUAAAAUUGCGUAAAGUAUUUCCAGAUGGUUUGGGUACAGCCUGGGGAGCAACAUCACCAGCGGCUGGACCACGAGAAGCUGUAAUCAAGGAACCUGGUACACAUUUAUUACAAGCAAUUGAUGGUUUUGUAUUUGUUGUUGCGCCCGAUGGUAAAAUCAUGUACAUAUCAGAACCUGUAGCAGUACACUUGGGAUUAUCACAGAUUGAAUUGACAGGAAACAGUAUAUACGAUUAUAUACAUCCUUCGGAUCAUGAUGAAAUGAUGGCUGUAUUAAGUUGUGCAGUACCACCAUUAGGACCCCCAUUAAGUAGUUUAGCUGAUGGUUUAACGGGUGCUAUCGGUGGUGCUGCUGGUGGUCCACCCAUAGCACACCAUCGUCCAGAUUUACAUCGUUUUGAAUAUGAGAGUGAACGAACAUUCUUUUUACGAAUGAAAUGUGUACUAGCUAAGCGUAAUGCAGGCCUUACGACACAAGGGUACAAAGUAAUUCACUGUUCAGGGUAUUUAAAAGUGAAACAAUUACCAAUUGAAACUGUUUCACAAUAUGGCGAGCCUCCUGGGACACCAUGUUUUCAGAAUAUUGGUCUGGUUGCUGUGGGACAUAGUUUACCACCGUCAGCAAUAACAGAAAUUAAAUUACAUACAAAUAUGUUUAUGUUUCGUGCUAGUUUAGAUUUACGAUUAAUUUUUUUAGAUGCUAGAGUGGGACAAUUAACUGGUUAUGAACCACAAGAUUUAAUUGAAAAAACUCUAUACCAUUAUAUACAUGGCUGUGAUAUUAUGCAUAUGAGAUUCGCUCACCAUCAAUUGUUAGUUAAAGGACAAGUAACAACAAAAUAUUUUCGAUUUUUAAGUAAGGGCGGUGGUUGGGUAUGGAUGCAAAGUUAUGCAACAAUUGUGCAUAAUUCAAGAUCAUCACGACCUCAUUGUAUUGUUUCUAUUAAUUAUGUUUUAAGUGACUUAGAAGCCAAAGAUUUAAUAUUAAGCUGCGAACAGGGUGCACCACGUCAACCAAACGAUAAUUUACCAACACAACAUCCCAGUCCCGAACGACAUUCUCCAAUAAGUCCGAACAACCAUCAUACUCCACCUUCAUCACAUCACAUACCCACAUCCAGUCAUAAAUAUGCACGAGCUGCAGCCGUUACAUCGCACACGAAUCGAACAACAACACUAAAUACAGCAGUUCCAUCAAUAAUAACUCCUUUACCCGCUUCAAUUGCACCGCAAACAACGAUACAACAGCAUCAAUCACCAAGUAGUACAGCUGCUGUCAUUAAUGCCGUCAAUGCUGUGGAUGAUGAUUUUAGUGAUUCAAAUGGUGGUGGCUUACAAACAACAUAUCAAACAAACGAUUAUCAAUACUUAUCAAAUUUCCAUGUUGAUCCACAUGAUAAUAAUUAUUAUCAAGAUAUAAAUUUUUAUGGAUACUCCGAUCCAGAAUUAACACAUUUAACAUCAACCACAAAUCAACAACAUCGUCCAUUUAGUUCUUCGUCAAGUAGUUGUAGUUCAUCAAAUGAAAGUGAUCAUUUAAUACAUUUACAACAGAAUUUUAAUAAUCCAUAUUGUAUUGAACAAUCAACAACAACAACAACAAAUCAACAAAAUAAUUUUAAUAUUAAUUGUUUUAACAGUCAACUGUUAACAUCACAAAAUGACAUUGUGUAUAAUCAAUCGUCGGUUGCACAACCGCAACAACAACAACAACAACAACAUGAGCAACCGUCAUAUCAUAAUAUUUCAACAAAUAAUACAAAUAGUGUUGGUGGUAAACAAAUUCAUUUAUUAGAUGAUCAAUUUUUAAAUAAAACUAUACAUAAUUUAAGUGCACAUAAUAAUAUGCAACCGCAUUUACAGCAACAUAAUCAUCAUCAUAAUCAUCAUAUACAUAAUUUAGAACAUUCUAGUGCCGGUUAUACAAGUGUUAUUGUCGAUACGCAACAAUAUCAAAUGAAUCAUGAGUUUGUACAUUAG